GCCUUGAACCGGACCGAACGCCACUCAUGCCUCCCCAAACCCUAAAACGCUAAACCCUAGUUCUGUCAGCUAUAAAUUUGCCACUUCCCACGGAACCUACAAACGUUUCUCCUUUAUCUGCGCCGCUCCGCUCCGAUCCGUCUUCGAUCCGAGCUGCGGAAAUGAGACCUCCAAGAGGUGGUGGUCGCGGUGGCGGCUUCAAGGGCCGGAGCGAUGGUGGUGGGGGCAGAGGACGAGGGAGAGGCGGAGGAGGCCCUGGUGGGCGAGGCGGAGGCGGAGGCGGUGGGAGAGGCCGAGGCGGUGGCCGGGGCGGUGGGAGAGGCCGAGGCGGUGGCCGGGGCGGUGGAAUGAAGGGUGGGAGCAAGGUCGUCAUCCAACCCCACAGGCAUGACGGGGUGUUUGUGGCCAAGGGGAAGGAGGACGCCCUUUGCACGAAGAACAUGGUGGUGGGUGAGUCUGUGUAUGGUGAGAAGCGGAUUUCAGUUCAGAAUGAGGAUGGAACCAAGGUGGAGUACCGGGUAUGGAAUCCAUUCCGCUCGAAGCUGGCAGCAGCUAUUCUUGGUGGCGUUGAUAACAUUUGGAUUGCUCCAGGGACUCGAGUUCUCUACCUUGGAGCGGCAUCUGGGACUACAGUAUCUCAUGUUUCUGACAUUGUUGGGCCUACUGGAGUGGUCUAUGCUGUUGAAUUUUCACAUAGAAGUGGAAGGGAUCUUGUAAACAUGGCGAAGAAGCGAACAAAUGUUAUCCCCAUCAUUGAAGAUGCUCGACAUCCUGCUAGAUACCGAAUGCUGGUGGGAAUGGUUGAUGUUAUUUUCGCAGAUGUUGCUCAGCCAGAUCAAGCAAGGAUAGUGGCACUGAAUGCAUCUUAUUUCUUGAAGAACGGUGGUCAUUUUGUGAUAUCAAUUAAGGCCAACUGCAUUGACUCGACGGUGCCAGCUGAGGCAGUCUUUGCACAAGAAGUGAAGAAACUGCAGGCAGAGCAGUUCAAGCCAUCGGAGCAGGUCACUCUCGAGCCUUUUGAGCGAGAUCAUGCCUGUGUUGUUGGUGGAUACCGCAUGCCAAAGAAGCAGAAAGCGGCCUCCUAGAGUUUUCUUUUUUUAGUUGGGAAUGACUGCUUCACUAGUAGCUGCAUGCAGGAAAUUAUGGUUAUUGGGUUAUUUGAUACUGUGCUUCUUCCUACUGUUGUCUGAAUUAUGGUUUUUUCUCCAAACACUAAAAUGGAAUCGGUUUUUCUGGUUUCGUUUCAGAGGAUGGUGCUUAACCUCUGGCAGUGUUGUUGCAUUUAACAUCUUCAUGCAUCCUGUUAACUUCGAAAUGUGUUGCAUUGUAAUUUAGAUUCUUAUGCUACGUGUCUUAGGGUGCCUAUUGCGAAAUUUCAAUUGCAACUGACUUAGUGUUGUUCGAAGUGAUUGACAACCGGAACAAGUAUAUGAACUGUCUUUCAAUUAACCUUAACAUCUUGUAAUGUCAGAUUAAUUCUAGCACAUUCAG